AUGACGAUUACUAACCUUUUUAUAAUCCUCAAUCUCGGAAGUGAGAUGUUGUACGUGAUCGAUCAGCGACUGAAGGCACAAGCGAUCCCACUGGAUAAGUCGGCACAAGUUCUGCGUGAAAUCACCGAGGUGUUGUUGGAUCCAAAGUUUCUUCACUACAUUUCCACUGCUUAUCAACACAACAUGCUUACAGUACAACAAACGCGUAUUCUCCUAACCGACAUUGCCUGUUGCUCAUUGAUGCGUCUUGACGUUAACUCCAUGGACAAAUUGUGGGAUCUGAUGAUUAUGAUCUUCAAAUGGCAAAUGUACCUAACGAACAAGAGUGCACAAGCGUUGAUGGAUCUUACCUUUCGUCACCUGGAUGGAAUUGGUCGACUUAUUCCAGAGAUGAGAAAACAAAUACUAAUUGACAAUGUUAAAAAGUCGCUGAUCGAAAUAUGGGAACCGCUUUGUGAAGAUGAUCAAAUAAUUGUACACCGUCGUGUAUAUAAAUGGCUUAAACCUUACACAACCAAAAUAUCAAUAUUGAUCCGCAUGGGUUUACAGAAAUCCGACGGAGAGUUCGAAUUAUCGCCACAUAGCAAUGUGUUUUAUAAUUACUACAUCAAUAAUAUAGGAGAAAAUAUAUAUUCCAAAACAGCUAAUCUUCAAGUUUUAAAAAGUCAAAUGGAUCAGACUGGGAAGGAUUCUACAACUGAUGAUUUAGCAGCUAAGAGUCAUGAAAUCGAUACUCUCGUACAACAGUUAAAUAUUCAACAUACUUGUGAAGAAACUGACGAGCCCGAGCUAAGUGCUUCAAGCAUAGAAAAAUUAGGAUCUGUUCAUGGCGGAUUGAGUGAAAUUGUAAUUAAUCAAAACACAGAAUCUGAAUCAAAAACCAACCAAGCUGGUAAUGUUACCCAAUCAAGUGAUGAAACUAACUUGACUAAAUUCAUGAAGAAAAUCAAAAUGGAAGACAGUGAUUUCGUUGUUAAGCACAUUGAAACAACUAACCCAAAUGAAGAACUUCUUAAAAUGUUUGAUCAAAAUCUCGAUUUAUAAACUGGAAAAAAUGCUAUACAUUUGCCUUUAUGGAAUUAAAUGGGGUUUCUAAGACCUUAACUAGUCAUUAUUGCAAAA